CCAACAUUGUAUCUCUGACGUCCUCCAUAAUGGCGGUGCCCUUGUUACAAUGGGGGCUGUUGUGGAUCACUUGUUAGCCAUACUCUUUUGAAUAACUACUAUUUAUUCACACAGUUAUCUGAUUUGGGUGAUUUAUUCCAAAGGCUACAUGUUAAAGGAUUGUUAAACUGUAAGCAGCUAUUUAAUUAGCAUCUACAGAAACUGGACAUGAGGAAAAUACAGUCAGGUGCAGCGGGUCCAUCCUCCGUUGCCUCUCCUCAGCUCAUGAAGGAAUUCAAGGAGAACUUUUCAGGCCAAAUAAUUCUGGACCACAUCAAGCCAUGCUGGUACUGGGACAAGAAGGAUUUAGUCCACACCCCCUCCCAGUCUGAAGGCCUGGACCCGGGGACAGAGGCCCGGUAUCGGAGGGAAGGAGCCCGCUUCAUUUUUGACGUGGGGACCAGACUUGGCCUACAUUAUGACACACUGGCAACUGGCAUCAUAUAUUUCCACCGCUUCUACAUGUUUCACUCCUUCAAGCAGUUCCCUAGAUAUGUCACCGGUGCAUGCUGCCUUUUCCUGGCGGGGAAAGUGGAGGAAACCCCCAAGAAGUGUAAAGACAUCAUUAAAACUGCCCGCAGCUUGCUGAACGAUGUGCAGUUUGCUCAGUUUGGAGACGACCCGAAGGAAGAGGUGAUGGUGCUGGAGAGAAUUCUGCUCCAGACGAUCAAAUUUGACCUGCAGGUGGAGCACCCUUACAUGUUCCUGCUGCGCUACGUCAAGCAACUCAAAGGUGACAAAAAUAAGGUGUGCAAGGUGCUUCAAAUGGCAUGGACCUUUGUCAACGACAGCCUGUGCACCAUGCUGUCCCUGCAGUGGGAACCAGAGAUCAUCGCGGUGGCUGUCAUGUACCUGGCGGGCCGCCUCUGUAAGUUCGACAUCCAGGAGUGGACCGCCAAGCAGUCGUCACGGCGAUGGUGGGAAAUGUUUGUGCAGGACGUCCCUGUGGAGCUGCUUGAAGACAUUUGCCACCAGAUCCUGGAUCUGUACUCCCAGGGAAACAAGCCCAUCCCUCAGCCGAUCCAGGAGAAGGAGAGGGCAGCCGCUCCCCAGAUCCCCCCAAUCCCACAGGGACUGCCACCAGCCCCCGUCCCUCCCCCCCCACCACCAAAGAAGACUUCUCCUCCGGGAGGCAGCCCCGCACGCCAGCUUAAACGCUCACAUACCUCUCCAAAAGAUGAACCAAAGCCUCCCGAACAAGUUGGAUCAAAGAUUCCUCGACUGGAGAGCCCCAUGCCCCCUCUGCCUACAUCGCAGCCUCCUCCAGAUCGCAAAGCCCCGCUUCCAGCCCCUCCCACGGAAGCAGAACCAAUAAACGAAGUCGCUCCUCCUCUCCCGCACGCUCCACCUCCGCACAAGCCCCCUCCACUACCCCACCGCCCUCCUCCACCUCCGCCCUCCAACUACAUCAUGUCCACCACCAGCUCCUACAUGUCCGGAGAAGGCUACCAGAGCCUGCAGUCCAUGAUGAAGACGGAAGGCCCCUCCUACCCCCAGAUGCCUCCCAACUAUGCUCCCCCCAUACCGCCGUAUCACGUCUAUCCUGCCGCACCACCUCCAGGCCUUCCUCCCUCCAACUAUCCGCCGCCCAACUUGGCGCCGGCUUACCCGCCGCCAGGCUACAACAGCUACCCGCCUCCACGCAUGCCUCCAGGCCACGUUCCCCCUCAGGUUAUAGGUCUCCCUCCUGGUGGCUACCCUCCACCCCCAGGACAGUCUCAGGUGCCCAUGCCCCCUCAUCACGGUGGGUGGAUGAGAUGAGAGUGAAACAACGGUCCAUGAACUGAAUCUGUGCAGAGCCACAGCUGGAGAUUUUAACAACGGGAACAUGUGUUACGCAGCAGGGACACAGAGAGGGAGAGCCUGACCGCUUUCUGUACGACUUUUGUUGUUCUUAAUGAAGGCUUAACAACAAAUACACUCGAAAGGAAAAGUGAGGCCUAGUUCCAGGAGCUUGUAACGAAAACUGUUCACACAUGUUAUUGUACUGGAAUAUUACCAAGAAAUAUUAGCACCCUGAGUUUAGUUUUGUCAGACAUGCUCAUUCAUUAAUGGUGGAGUGAUGAAAUGUACAGUUUUUACUUUUUGAGUAGAUCAAAGGUCUUAUAUUUGCAUCUAUAUUGUAUCACCCUGAUUUUGGUUUUCCAAAUUUCCAGUCAUAAAAGUGUCUAUUUUGCAGCAAUCGCUUUUUUUUUUUAACUCAACAUUCCUACUGUUUUGCUGAGAAAAAACUUGAGAAGGCUGUACAUGCAGUAGGUAAAUAAAAAGAGGACUUACACUGACACGUUCAUCAAUAUUCAAACGCUCUAUUGUUAUACUACAUUUCUGUGAAAACACUUUCAUGUCAAUUUAUGCCACUGCAACUAAUUUCCUGUCUAUUUUUUUAUGAAUCUGAAACAGUCAUCUAACUAAUCAUGUCUAACACUGGACAGUUAAAGUUAUAUUUGUACAUAUACAUUUUCUUUUAGAGUUGCAAUCCAUAUGUGCCUUAGUCAGGCUUCUCUUUUCUGUAUCCUGCACGCAGCUUUGUUUUGUUAGACACAAACGAAAAUAAAGACCUGCUUUCCUACUUAGA